AUACUAAACAAAAAAUAAAACAGAAUAUAAAACUGACGCCAUUUUCGUGGAGGCUCUAUAUCUUAGCUCCUGAUUUCAACGACCGGAGACCGACCGACGAAAGCCCACCUACGAAAAAACAAGUAAAUGGAUGCGGUUACAGCGAAAGAUGUUUCUUUUAACUCCGACUGGGAAUUCAGCUGUGAAUUUGAAGUAGAUUAUGAGUGUGUGGAGAAAGCUAAAAUCGUUCAAUCUACACUGGCUGUUGACAAGGAGCUUCAGCCGGACAAAGUGAAGAGGCAGAUGUUUGUAUCUCAAGAAGGAAAGCUUUCAGUACGUUUUGAGGCAACUGAAGCAAGGUUUCUUCGAGCAUCGUUUAGUUCUUUUGUUGACAAUCUCACAUUGGCCACAAAGACAAUUGAACAGUUUGGUUCAUGAGUAUACAAUACAGAUGUUGUUUCUUGCUUUUGGAACCAACCAACUGUUAGUUUAGUUUCCUCCUCUCCAUUUGCUUAGAAAAUGUACACUAUAAUUAUUGUUAUCAGUUAGUUCAUGAAUUAUCUGUUGCUUGGAUUUGAACCAACCAUCCCUACCUUUUGAGUAAAACUAUAAAAAGUUGAUCUGUUAUUGUUAGUUCAUGAAGGUGAUCUGUCAUCUGUAACAUCUUCAAUGAAUGUUGUGUUCUGUUUCAUUUCCUUGUCUGAAAGUUUUUGAUACCAAGGUUGUUUUCAUAUUAUGUUUCUGAAAUUCCUUAUUCAUAUCAUUCUCUU